AAAGAAAAAACAAAAACAUGUAUUGUGCAGCAAGAAAGAAAAGUUUGGAGUGGGCGUAGUCCCUGUUUUAAACCGCCCACUGUGUCAUAGAGAUACAGGUGGCGUAUUCCACGCAGCCCCAAAAAAGCCAACAAUUUUCAUUUUUUUUUAUUCAAAGAGGAUGUACUGAACUCACCUCCAUAAAUUCCUCAAGAUCACAAUAUCAUCUCUGAAAACCCAAGGAAAUCAAUUCAAUUUCCAAUGGCAGAUUCCUCUAAUUCUGUUUUUGCUCAUGUUGUUCGUGCUCCUGAAGAUCCCAUCUUGGGGGUUACAGUUGCUUAUAACAAAGAUACCAGCCCAGUGACAGUGAAUUUGGGUGUUGGCGCAUAUCGAACUGAGGAAGGAAAGCCCCUUGUCCUCAAUGUGGUGAGACGAGCUGAACAAAUGCUUGUCAAUGACACGUCUCGGGUGAAGGAAUAUCUCUCAAUUACUGGACUAGCGGAUUUUAACAAACUGAGUGCCAAGCUUAUAUUUGGUGCUGACAGCCCUUCCAUUCAAGAGAAUAGGGUGACCACUGUUCAGUGCUUGUCGGGCACAGGUUCUUUGAGGGUUGGUGCUGAGUUUCUGGCUAGGCAUUAUCAUGAACAUACUAUAUAUAUACCACAGCCAACAUGGGGAAACCAUCCUAAGGUUUUCACUUUAGCUGGGCUUUCAGUAAAAUAUUAUCGUUACUAUGACCCAGCAACACGAGGCCUGGAUUUUCAAGGAUUAUUGGAUGAUCUUACUGCUGCACCAGCUGGUGCAAUAGUUCUUCUCCAUGCUUGUGCUCAUAACCCAACAGGCGUUGAUCCAACAAUUGACCAGUGGGAGAAAAUCAGGCAGUUGAUGAGGUCCAAGGGGUUGUUACCUUUCUUUGACAGUGCUUAUCAGGGUUUUGCCAGUGGAAACCUAGAUGCAGAUGCACAAUCUGUUCGCAUGUUUGUGGCUGAUGGUGGUGAAUGUCUUGCAGCUCAGAGUUAUGCCAAAAACAUGGGACUGUAUGGAGAGCGUGUCGGUGCCCUUAGCAUUGUUUGCAAAGAUAGCGAUGUUGCAAGCAAAGUCGAAAGCCAGCUAAAGAUGGUUAUAAGGCCAAUGUACUCAAAUCCACCAAUUCAUGGUGCGUCUAUUGUUGCUACUAUACUCAAGGACAGAAAAAUGUACGACGAAUGGACAGUUGAGCUGAAAGCAAUGGCCGACCGAAUUAUUAGCAUGCGCCAGCUUCUCUUUGAUGCCAUGCAAGCUCGAGGUACACCAGGUGAUUGGAGUCAUAUCAUCAAGCAAAUUGGAAUGUUUACUUUCACAGGAUUGAAUGCUGAGCAAGUCUCGUUCAUGACUAGAGAGUAUCAUAUUUACAUGACAUCUGAUGGGAGAAUUAGCAUGGCAGGUCUUAGUUCUCGGACAGUUCCUCAUCUUGCUGACGCCAUGCAUGCUGCUGUUACUAGGGCGGCCUAGAUUAGUAGUUGCACUCGAGCAGUUUUAUUGAUAUUGAAUGUAUUUUCCAUGAUCGCCUCCGUACCCUUUGAUGUUAAAUAAGACUUAUGUGACUAUGUACACACAAUAUUUGGAUGUCGGGUUUGGAAAUCUCAUUAUAAAGGGAUUUGAUGAGGUAUUCUGCGCA